CUCGCUCUCUCUCUCGUCAUCUUACCUGCUUCCUCGCAACUCCACGCGUCCUUUUCUCUCCUCGUCUUUGCACCUCACGCCGUCUCUCUAUCCGUCGCAUUCGACGCCGUCGCAUUCGACGUCGUCGUCUUCUCUCCGUCAGGCGUCUUCUUCUCUCUGUUCGUCGCCUCCUCCUCACUCUUUCCGUCUACGCGUUCUGCUGCUCUCUCCUCUCAUGGCGGGGAUCGAAGGUCCCGUAGCUGGGGAGGGCGCUGGCGGGGCGGCUCUGGGCUCCUGCGAAGGGCCUGGCGAGAACGCGACGAAGGCGGCUUCGAGCAUGAGUCUCCUCGACAGACAAAUCGAGCAACUGCGUCGCUGCGAGUGCAUUCCUGAACGCGAGGUGAAGGCCCUCUGCGCGAAGGCCAAGGAAAUCCUUGUCGAGGAAAGCAACGUUCAACGCGUCGACGUCCCAGUCACGAUCUGCGGCGACAUCCACGGACAGUUCUACGACCUGCUCGAGCUCUUUCGUGUGGGGAAUUUCCUUCCGGAGACGAGUUACUUGUUCCUCGGAGACUUCGUCGACCGCGGGUACUUCUCCGUCGAAACGUUUCUUUUUCUGCUCGCCCUGAAAGUUCGGUACCCCGACCGCAUCACCCUCAUUCGCGGCAACCACGAGUCGAGACAGAUCACUCAGGUUUACGGAUUUUACGAUGAGUGUUUGAGGAAGUAUGGGAGCAGCACCGUUUGGCGGUACUGCACAGAGGUCUUCGAUUAUCUCGCUCUCGCUGCGAUCAUCGACGAUCGCCUGUUUGCUCUCCACGGCGGCCUCUCUCCGGCCAUCUCCAGCGUGGACGAGAUAAGGUCCAUUGACCGGAAACAAGAAGUCCCGCACGAAGGCCCUAUGUGUGAUUUGCUCUGGAGUGACCCAGAAGAUAUGCAAGGCUGGGGAUACAGCCCACGAGGUGCAGGGUACCUCUUCGGAGCCGACAUCGUCAAGGCUUUCUGCCAUACCAACAACAUCGAGAUCAUCGCCAGAGCCCAUCAGCUCGUUAUGGACGGUUACAAAUGGUGGUUCGGCAAGAAGCUCGUGACGGUUUGGUCCGCCCCGAACUACUGCUACCGAUGCGGCAACGUAGCCACAGUUAUGGAGCUGGACGAGCAGCUGAACUAUCAAUUCAAGACCUUCGAAGCUGCUCCGCCAGAGCGACGAGGCAUCCCGUCGAAGAAGCCGCCUCCAGACUACUUUUUGUGAAGCAGGCGACGUUUGGAGUUCAACGUUCUCUUCGAAUUCCGCGUCUCUGCGUCUCUAUAUAGAUUCCAAAGUCUAUCAGUCUGGCCGGGUCUUCUCGCGUCGUUCUCAAGCCUAGUUUUUUCUGCGACUUGCGUUUCUCUCCGCUUCCUUUCUGUGUCGACUUCACGUUGCGAAUGCAGUGUUCCUCGUUCGCCUGUCUUUCGUUUCUGCCGCGUCUCUCUUUCCGGUUUUCUUCUCUCUCUCCUCUGUCGCCCCCU